AUGCGCCAGCUACGUUUAUCUGAGUCGAGAAACAGACAUGAAUGGAUGAACAACGACCUGACCCGCGAGCUGGGCAGGAGGAAACGAGCGGUAUUAGGAGCUCGUGAGAGCAUCGAGGAUGUAGUGAAGAAGACCAGGAACACCGGGCUCCGUGCUCACUUCUUCAACACCACAAUACUCCCUGCUUUGACCUAUGCUUCUGAAACCUGGGCACUUAGCAAGCAUGAAGAAAAUGAGCGAAUCAUCGGACCAGAGUCGGCUCAUCCGCACUUCAACAGCUUGGCGAAGUCGCCAACGUGUAAAAACAUACUGAUAACUGGAGUGGCUGUUGCCGAUAGACGACUGCUACUCGACUCGACUUUACCAUCUCCCGAUCAUGACUUGCCAUUCCCAUUCUCCGUCGUGCAGGAGUCGCCACUUGGAGCGGCACGAAAUGAAGGACCAAAGGAUGAACAUAGCGCUAACUCGAACUCGUCACGGAGAGUUGCUUUUGGAGGUCUAGCAGACUCAUCCUUGGUUUUGUGGAGGUUACCAGGUAGAUUCGGUUGGGGAGACAGAAUGAAGGACGAAGAGAAAGAUUUGUUUGCUGCUAUUGAGGCAGGCGAUACCGAAAAGGUUUUGGAACUCUUAAAAUCUGGCAUUGACAUCAACUGCCACGAUGCAACAGGCAUGUCUCCAUUGGCAACCGCCGCUUACAGGGGCAAUUUUGAGAUUGCUAAAUUAUGCAUAGAAAAAGGAGGUGAUGUGAACGACAAACAACAUACCCAAAGUUAUACGCCUUUGAUGUUUGCUGCUCUUGCAGGUUAG